AUGAAGGUGAAUGUUGUGAUCUUGGUCCUUGUUAUAGCAUUGGCAGUGGUAAUGUUACGUGGAACAGAAGCUGAAAAAUACAGAGUUGGAGGCAACUUGGGUUGGACUAUCCCUCCCGGCGGCGCUGCCACUUAUGCUUCAUGGGCUUCAAAGUACACCUUCAAAGUUGACAAGGAUCUUAUAGCAUUGGCAGCAGCAAUGUUAAGUGCAACAGAAGCUAGAAAGUAUAGAGUCGGAGGCGACUUGGGUUGGACUAUCCCUCCCAGCGGUGCUGCCACUUAUGCUUCAUGGGCUUCAAAGGUUCGACUUCAAAGCAGGAGAAAUGACGUGAUUGUAGUCACAAAGGAGAAUUUCGACAUCUGCAACACCACAAAACCGUUAUAUCAAUACAAGGGUCCAGUAUUUCUUAGAGCUGCCAUUUCCGGCACAUAUUAUCUCACUUGCAGCUUCGCCGGGCACUGCACCAAGGGGCAAAAGGUAGCCAUCUAUUUUGCACUCUAG